ACUUUAUUUCCACUAGGCAUUAAUGGUUUCUUUUACUAAAGAAGAAACACGGUUUUCUUCCUUCUAUUGGAUUGGCAGGGAGAAAGCAUACAAUACUAUGUGUAGUUGCACAGCAUGCAAAUCUUUGGGGAACCAUGAUUGGAUACACUGUCACAACAGUUGCUUGUUUGAUGGCGGUGAGGCAAGCCAGCUGCUUUCGCAAAUAUGGCGAAGAAGCAGAUUGCCGUGAAUCGGAGAACUUCUACAUGAUAGGUUUUGGGGUGCUUGAGGUUAUACUGGCUCAACUUCCUAACCUGGGGAAGAUCACAGUAAUAUCAGUUAUAGCAGCAGCCAUGUCAUUCGCAUACUCCUUCAUUGGCCUUGGCCUUUGCAUUGGCAAGCUCAUAGCCGACGGCAGGAUCAAAGGAACUCUAACUGGAGCUGGGAUUUUCGACGGUGUAACUUUAGAAUCGAGGACAUGGGAUGCCUUCCAAGCCUUGGGAAACAUUGCUUUUGCAUACUGUAUUGCUCCUCUGCUGAUUGAAAUACAGGAUACGCUGAAAUCACCCCCACCUGAGACUCGAACCAUGAAGAGAGCAAGCCUCUACGGGAUAGCAAUAACUGCACUGUUUAAUCUAUCUCUGGGCUGCAUAGGCUAUGCUGCCUUCGGAAACUCGUCUCCAAGAAACUUUCUCACCGGCUUCCAAUCCUACGGACCAUUCUGGCUAGUUGACAUCGGCAACCUCUGCAUCGUCAUCCAUCUUAUUGGUGCUUAUCAGGUAUUUGCGCAGCCAGCGUUCGCACUGUUCGAGAGUUUGAUAGCAAGAGCAUGGCCUAGCACAAGCACUGCUUUCGAGUUCCGUUUGCCACGCACACAAACCACGGUGACGAUUUCGCCGGGAAGGCUGGUCUUCCGCACACUGUUUGUUGCGUAUAUAACAGUUCUUGCCAUGGUCAUGCCAUUUUUCAAUGCAAUCAUGGGAUUGCUCGGAGCGGUCAUUUUUUGGCCAUUGACGGUGAAGUUCCCGGUAUCAAUGUACAUGAGACGGGAGAAUAUCGCGAAGGGGACGUCCCAGUGGUACAGGUUGCAGGCUUUGAGCAUGGUCACCUUGGCCGUCUCCUUAGUUGCAGGUAUGGGCUCACUAGCUGGUCUGGGAAACAGCCUCAAGCAUGCUAUUUCCUUUAAGAACAAUCACUAGAGAAGACAGGACACGCCUGCAGCUCCAUGAUUCUGAGGGAUUCCUUUGAUUCUAAGUUCAUAACCAUUUUAGUUGCAUUUUCAAGAGAUUUUGAAAUAUUUGUUUGAAUGUUGGCAUGGAACAUUUCUAAUGAAAAAAAUGUCUUUCGUUAUAUACAUGUACCAGUUCAACUGUAACAGAGAGAGAGAGAGAGAGAGGCGGGAAAAAAAGCAAAGAAAAAUUGAACAUUAAGAAUGAUGCUUAUUUUAGUAAAGUGUCAUGCAUCAAUGUAAAAGAAACAGAAAAUGCAAUAAUUUCGCAAAGCAACAGAGAAACGAUGACCAAGGAUCACUGGAAAAGAACGCAACUCUCCAAAUAAUUAUUUACGUAAGAAAAAAGAAUGACAUGAGAGCAAAACAACUUACGUACAAAAAAGAAUGACAUGAGAGCAAAACAACAAAAGGGAGGAAACAUGACCUUUCCAAAGAACGAUUUCCGUAAGAAAAGGGAUUCGUACAAUGGAGUUACCGCCUUACCAGGAAGCCAAAUGGGGACAUAGGCCCCGCAGAUUUUCGGAACUUUUGAAACCCUUCGUUUCUUUUGAUCUACGGGCCUAUCAAGCGCCUGAUUCGACAACCGCGGACCUGGCAAGAAAUCCUCAGUUCUCAGGUCGGGUGGACGACGAUCCCCGCCGGCGUCGUCUGGCAGGUCUCUCUCUCUCUCUCUUUCUCUCUCUCUCUCUCUCUCUCUCUCUCUCUGAGACACACAGACGGCUGGAGACCUCUUUUUCUGGCAGACCGGAGAUGACUUCAACGUCCUCUUUUCCGGCUGGCAGGGGAGGGCUUGCUGCACCUGUAAGCGGAAAGGGCUUCGAAGCCCUCUAUUAUUGCUUGAAAAAGGAUCUUCAUUGCCGGCGGGAUAGAGCUUCGAAGCCCUCUUUUCCGGCUGGCCGGAGAGGAAGGGCUUCGAACCCCUCUUACGAGAGAGGGAGAGAUGCAAGGGUCGCGCUUAACCCAUCAAACGCGACCCCAGAUCUUAAAAUGAUCAGACCGAACAUGGCCUUAAAAGUUUGUAGAGGUUCCUGUGUAGGUCUAAAAAAUACCUAGGCUCUUGCCAUGAUUCUUUCAGUGGCUAAAAACCAGGAAGACGGAGAAAAACUGAGAGAAGGAUCGGGCCACCGUGACUUGCCCGCCCGAAGCCAUUGAAAAGGCAAGGAUGCAGAGUUGCCAAGAACGAAUCUCACCAUUAGUAGCCUCUUCUUUACAUCUGCUCUCCCCACCACCGCCGGUGGUGGUGGUGAUCUGCUGUUUCUCAUCGUCAAUUCCCAGGCAGCAUAUAGUCUUCUGCAAUGCAUAGUCGUAUGGAAGGUUGGCAUUAAGGCAUUCUUUUCCAACAUCUAAAGCAAGCGUUCAUUCAUACAUCAUAAAUGACUCUGAGCUUUCUUUGGAAAGAUAGCCUGUAGUCCAUACUAGAAUAUGCAGUCAUGGACGGGUAACAAUUAAGCUCUGCACAACCAUUAAAGAUAGACAGAUCAGGUUCCUUCAUAGCCCUGUCUGCCGUUCGACUUCGUUCUCACUUUCUUCUUAAAGGGCAUCUUCUCAUUCUCUUUCUGGAAGAUAAAAUUGCUUCUUUUUCAUCCCUUACCUCGUGCACAGUUGAUAACCGCCCGCCUUAUAUGUAUUAUUCUCUCCUUCUGUAUCAUGUUUGUAAUGAAAUCUUCUCUGAUACUCGGCCAGUUGAUCAUUCUUCUUGUCUCCAUGCUUAUUUCUGUUUAGUUGUCUUUACGUCGACCGAUUAUUUGUUGAAAACAUCCCAUUUGCCUCUUCUAGGGAGAGAGAAAGAGAGUUGGUGACGACACGUUUCAUAUGCUGAGACUAAUGUAUUUAGUUCGCCAUCAUGUGUUAAUUACGAUCAUGGGCUCGUUUAAAUCCAAACCAUUCAUUUGAUCUUCCGUUGGAUACAUUAUCCCUUUAAAAGGCUUGACACCG